UUCGCAGCAAACAUAAAUAUGAGGAGGGUUGCACAAACGUCAAAUGCAUUUGGAAGCGUUAAUCUUCUUAACAAAGCGGCGAACAAAGUAACACUUUGGCCAGAAUGUUCACGUACAUUUACCUCAAAUGCAGACAAGGAUAUGCCGAUUCGGAAUGGCAUUGUUGGCAUGAUUGGAAGAACGCCAUUGGUUCGCUUGAAUAAAAUCAGUGAUGAAACUGGAUGUGAAAUCCUUGCAAAGGCUGAGUUCUGCAAUGGAGGAGGGUCAGUGAAGGACAGAGCUGCCUAUUUCCUUAUUAAAGAUGCACUCAAUAAAGGGCAGCUUGGUCGAGGUGGCACAGUGGUUGAGGGUACAGCAGGGAACACGGGUAUAGGUCUCGCCCACAUGUGUCUGGCCAUGGGAUUCAAGAGUGUCAUCUAUAUGCCCGAUAACCAGUCUCAGGAAAAAAUUGACAUGUUGAGGACGUUAGGUGCUGAAGUCCGGCCUUGCCCUGUAAAGCCAUGGACUGAUGACAUGAAUUACAAUCACCAGGCGCGACGUUACGCCGAGAGCUUGGACAAUGCAGUGUGGACAAACCAGUUUGAUAACACAGCCAAUCGGCAGGCCCAUAUUGAGACCACAGGCCCGGAAAUUUGGAAUGAUACUAAUGGGAAGGUGAAUGCAGUGGUGUUUGGAACAGGGACCGGGGGAACUCUGGCAGGUGUUGGUACAUACAUGAAGGACAAAAACAAAGAUAUACAAGUUGUUUGUGCCGACCCUCAGGGUAGUGUGCUGUACAACUGGUUCAAGCAUGGUAAACUGGAGAGGUCUGAGGGAAGCUCCAUUACGGAGGGCAUAGGUCAAGGUCGUGUCACUGAAAACAUGAAGGGUGCCCCAAUUGAUGAUGCUCUGUGUAUCUUAGAUAAAGAUGCAGUGGAAAUGACAUUCCGCCUCCUAGAUGAGGAAGGGUUUUUCGUUGGUGCCUCGUCAGGGCUGAAUGUGUCUGCAGCGUACCAACUGGCCAAGCAGAUGGGACCAGGCAGCACUAUCGUCACUUGCCUCUGUGAUACUGGACAGCGUUAUUAUGCCAAGCUGUUCAGCAAGAAUGUCUUACAAGAAAAAGGACUGCUAGAUGCCUUGCCUGAAAAGUACUGGAGAUAUCUGCACUAAAACCCCUCUAGUCAAUAAACUUACAAUGGCAUUGAGUUGUAUCAGCAUACCUCUGUUUCUUACAGUUCUGUUAUCAUGUUUAAGGAUGGCCACUGUAGAACUUGCAAAUGCCCACAUUGAUCACUGUGCUCAGACAGUCCAUAUGUUGAUAUGAUCAUUUAACUGCUCGAAACUUAUGUUUGUCAUUCAGAUGCUCAGUCAUUUAGGGAUUAAUUUUAUAAAUGGUCUUGAUAGUAAAUUGAAAUUAUUAAAAUUAGGAGCAUGUUUUUGUCACUUUAAUCCUGUAUUUCAGUUUAAGAUAAAGUUGCAUAUAUGAACAGAAAUCAAAAUGUCAUCUGUGAUGUUCACCUAGGAGCAUCAUUUAUAGGAACAUAAAUCACUCAAAAUCACAAAGUGUCCCCUUAGGAAACAAUUGGCUGAUUGUUCAAAUCUUAAAAGUUAACAGCAUUGUUAUAGUCAUUGUUUUUAUUUUUUGAAUAUGUACUACUCUAGAAAUGUAAUGAAGACACUUGUUAUACUGCAGUUUUCUAGAGAGAUUUGAGACUGUUUCAGUUGUACUUGUUUUCUUGAAAUAUAUACUUCAAUCAUAAAAUAUUUCAACUUUAAAAGUUAAUUACGCUUUCAUUAGGUUGUUAACUUUUACUAAGUUCUGAACAAUGAGCCAAGUGUGUGGUAAAUGAAGCUUUCACAUAGAGUGAAAAAACUGAAAUUUUCUUUUCAUCCAUUCUUUAUAAAAAACUUUUUAAAUGACAUUUUCUCAUAUAUUGCUUUACCUAACUCAGAAUAAAAUAAUGUAGGGAAAGUCAUCUGUUGAUAACAAUCUACUCAACUAUGUUGUUAGUUUUUUUUAUUGUAUGUGCCCUUAACCAUGGUACAGUAAUUUACAAUUAUAAUGCAACAUUCGCAAAUUUUGAUUUAUUCAUUUAAUAACUUCGUCUCAAUUCAGUUUCCCCAGUCUGUAUUGAAUUUUGAUGAAAUUUAUUUUGGUGACUAUGUCACUUCCAUUUUAUGUCUUUUCUCAUUUUACAAUAUAUAGUUUAAUAGUUGUAGUUUUUACAUUUUGUAUUUUUCUACUUGAUAUAUGAUAAUUCUGUAUUUUGAACUAGGCAAUCAAUUUUAUAUUAAGUACCAUUAUAGUUUGCAAUAUGUGAUAGUCAGCGUUUAUUUUUGGUCUUCUGAAUGAUAAAGUAACCAUUUAAAAGACAAAAAAUAAUGCUAACUUUCUUAGUGUUAAGUGUGAAAUACCUGGGACCAAUAACAAAUCCGACUUUCCGGAAAUAGCCAGCAAAUGCCUUUAUAUAAGCAAGUCUGCAUGUGCUUUCUUAAUAAUUCACUUAAUUAAAUAGCUGCAUAGAUUCACAUUUAAUCGUUUGGAAAAGCUCUGAAACCAAGAAUCCAUUAACCAAAUUACAAUUAACUGCCAAAUUUAGUAACGAGGACAACAGCCAAAUUUCCAUUUAGUCAUAAAUUUGUUUAAUUAAGUUUAGAAGUUAGUGCAUGCACAUUGGCUGAUAUAAAAGCUUCCUCAAGGCAAUUUGCGUUUGCACACUAAGAAAGUUAAACAAUUGGUCGACGCCUGGUCUACCAAUUUUAUCUUACGGGAUAUCAAAACUGCACUAACAAUUACACCACAAUUACACUGUACUGCUGUGAUAUUUUAUAUUGUGUACAAUUUUGGUAUAUACUGUACUAUAUCUUUUCAUAUACAAUGUUAUUGAAGUUGUAUAGUUAACACAUGUGUUUUAUUAAUCAGAUAAUUUACAUCCAUAAAAAUGCAUUCUAAAGAAUGUUCGCUUUAAUAUGUUGAAUAUGAAUAAAUAAUAUUCAGG